AGUACAGCACGCUUGUAAGACAAUGUUCGCGUAAAGUGCUCUGAAAAAAGUGGUCGAGUGCGGUUACCUAGUGAUACCAGUGUACACAAGAUGUCAACUACUUGGCUCCCCCCGGACAUAUCAGAAGCGUGUGCCAACCAAAACGCUCCCUUAACGCAAUGUUCCCAAACGGGGCUCAUGUAUUUAGCGUUACUGACUCAGUUGUUCGGGAAAUCAGUGGAUAACAAAUACUCUUUACCAACAAAUCCGUACGUUCAAGAUCAAUUCAAUGAUUUCAGAUUAAAUUCAGGAUACAACGGGGUUUUCAAAACACCUUUGGGACCGUUGGAACCGUUGCAAGAUUUCAACCCUAUAUCGGCAUUGGACACGAAUAUUGGUGAACCGGUCAAAUUUGAAACUAAAUUCCACAGUUUCGGACCAAAAGGCAGCGUUGGAGUGACGAAAACUUCAUUCAGUAUAAAACAUGAUCCGUUUAAACCUGAUCAUUCGAGUACUGUGCCGAAAUUCGAAAGCGUUCCACCUGUUUUUGAUUACAACUUUAUAAACAGGAGAAGUUUAUUCGACUCUGAAACUGCUGAUUCUGAGAAAGUGACUGUGAAAGAGAAGAAGAAAGGUGUUAAGAGUAGAAAGAAGAGACAAGCGAUAGAGGAAUAUGAUUUUAUUGUCGUUGGAGCGGGCUCGGCAGGAUGCGUUGUUGCGAAUCGACUUUCUGAAGUCAAAAAGUGGAAGGUACUCCUUCUAGAAGCCGGUCCAGAGGAACCUGAUGUCACCAGCGUGCCAGCCUUCGCCCCAACCCUGGCUGGCUCCUCAAUAGACUGGAUGUACAGGACCCAACCUGAAGAAUUGUCUUGCCGGGCGCAAGUCGGCCAGACGUGCCGAUGGGUGAGAGGAAGAACAAUGGGUGGAUGUAGCGCAGUUAACUACAUGGUCUAUAUGAGAGGCAACAGACUGGACUACGAUGAAUGGGCUAGUUUAGGAAACCAUGGAUGGAGUUUUUCUGAGGUAUUGCCAUACUUCAAGAAAGCAGAGGAUAAUCAAGACAUUGAAUCUCAUAAUUUGUACUAUCAUGCAAAGAAAGGACCUCUUAACGUUGAAAGGUUCCCUUACAUUGAUUACAAUAGUAUGAUGUUAGUUCAGGCAUUUAAGGAACGUGGGUUACCUAUAACUGAUCUCAAUGGUGAAUAUCAGAUUGGUACAGAUAUAGUUCAGUCAACGUCUAAGGCUGGUCGUAGAUUUUCUGCUAACGUUGCUUACAUCAGACCUAUUCGCAACCAAAGACCCAAUUUAAAAGUAAAAACUAAUGCAUUUGUUACUAAGGUUUUGAUUGAUUCUUUUACUAAAACUGCAAUAGGAGUACAAUAUAUUUUAAAUGGUAUAAUAUAUGAAGCUAAGGCGAGAAAGGAAGUAAUUUUAAGUGGCGGUACAAUCAACUCACCUAAGUUACUUAUGCUUUCCGGUAUAGGUCCUAAACAUCAUUUAGAAAGUUUGAAUAUACCAGUACAUGUAGAUUUAAAGGGAGUAGGACAAAAUCUUCAAGAUCACAUUACAACAGAUGCUCUUAUAAUUGGGUUGUCUAAUAUCACAUCUACGGCAGUAGAUCCACCGACAUUACAACAAGAAAUUUUAAGGUAUUACAAUCAAAUCCCAAAGAAAAAUGGUCCUUUAGCAUCAACCGGCACAUUAACUGCUUCAGCAUUCUGGAAAUCAGAAUUUGCAUUAGAAAACGCUCCUGAUAUUCAGUUUCAUUUUGAUGGUCGUAAUGUUAGAGAAUUUUAUUCUGAUCCUACAACUUAUAUUGCUACAAACGUUUUUCCUUUAUCUUUUUACGAUGGUCUUGCAGCGAGGCCUUUAUUAUUAAAGCCGAAAAGUAGAGGUUAUAUUUUACUUAAUAAUACUGAUCCGUUAUUUGGUACUCCUUUGAUUUACAGUAGAUUCUUCUCAGUCAAAGAAGAUUUAGAUGUUUUAGUUGCUGGCAUGCGUUUUGCUGUUAGUUUAGAGAAUACAGAGGCAUUUAGAGCUAGUGGUGCGCAAUUCACAAAAGUUCCAGUUCAUGCUUGUGCCAACCAUCUUUGGGGUUCUUAUGAAUAUUUUGCCUGUCUUCUUAUCGAAUAUACGUCAACAAUAUAUCACCCUGUUGGCACCUGUAAAAUGGGGCCAAAAUGGGAUAAGAGUUCCGUUGUAGAUCCAAGGUUAAAAGUGUAUGGUAUCAAUAAUUUAAGAGUAAUAGAUGCUUCCAUAAUGCCAGUAAUUGUAAGAGGUAACACAAAUGCACCGACAAUAAUGAUAGCUGAAAAAGCUACAGAUAUGAUCAAAGAAGAUCAUUUGUCAACGACACUAUUUUAAGUUAAUAAUUUAUCAUAAAUGUUGUUAAAAGUUACCAUAAAAGUGAUAGUAAUUUUAUUUAAAAUGAUGCGUGUUAUAAUAAAACUAAUUUAAUGUUAUGGCAAUAAAAAGGUAUACUAUUUAUGAUGAUGCAGAUUCUCGAACUGGAAAGCGUAUUAUGUAAGCUGAGGUAAUUGUUAAAAAUGUGGUAAAGUAAAAAUAACAUAGAUAUAAAGAGACUAAAAAAAUGUGAAAAGUAUUUACCUAAAUGAACAUUGUUGCGCAAUUUUGCAAGAUUAGUGUAUGAAAACCACAAACAACGUUGUAUGGCGACCUCAUAAAAAUUGUAAUUAAACGUCGCUUCUGACCGGUAAACGUAGAUUAUUUUCACAAAAACCUAGGGCCUAGGGCUAACAGUGGACCUGUUACAGUUCAGAAGAUGAUAACUUUUCAUGUGGAACGAAAAGAAAAAAAAUCAAAGGAAUUUGCUUGGUCAUAGUCAUAGCCCUGACAUAAAAAUAAGGAGAAGGCUGGAAAUAUUCUGAAAGUAUUUUAAAAAUUCGAUUUUUCUUACAAUAUUGCUUGUAUUGCAAUAAAAGUCGAAUUAGAUGAAGCUGUUUUAACAGGAAGACUUAAUGUGAUAGGACUACUACCACCUCCGUAAUAUUAGAUCUUUUAUACUUACAUUCAUCCUCAACCUUGAUAUGAGUAUGUAAA